AUGUACCUGCCCACUUUCACCCCACUCGGUGCAGACGAUGCCUUCUGUGCGCCCGAGGACCGCCCCGCCUGCGUCCCCACUGCCGCCAUGCGCGGGCCCGAGCUCGCCCCGAGCCAGAUCCACAACAGCACGCAAGGCACGCUCUCACAGCCACCGCAAACCGCGCUUGGCGCUGCAGCGGAAACGGGCUCGGACGGAGGCGACGCAGCGCUCAUCGGCGCGCGCAACACGCUCGGUGUCGCGCUCGCCGCCGCCGUCAUCAUCGCGACGGUCGCCCUGUGGCUCGCCUUCGGGAAGUGGCCCAGAAGGCAGUGGAAGGCGCUGAGGCAUCAUCGCGUAAGGAAGCGCGCGGCGGCACGGGGAGGCGGGGAAACGGAGAGCGCGGAGGUGGCAGAGCACUGUGCCUUGGGCGCCGGCUGUGGAGACAAAGACGCGCGCGUCGCGAGGCCAGACGACAUCCUCGAGAAGGGUACGAUCAUGGCUGGGCGCAAAGACGAAGAAGAGCGUUCGGGAGACAUAUCGGAAGAAAGGCUGGUGGGCACAUAUGUCAGGGUGGAUCUGUGUUAA